GGCCCUGAGCAGCGCAUCGUCUGAGCUCUGACGGCGCCAGAGGUCACCAUGAAGUUCAACCCCUUCGUGACUUCGGACCGCAGCAAAAACCGCAAACGUCAUUUCAAUGCCCCCUCCCACGUGCGCAGGAAGAUCAUGUCGUCUCCACUCUCCAAGGAGCUGCGGCAGAAGUACAACGUUCGCUCCAUGCCCAUCCGCAAGGACGACGAGGUCCAGGUGGUCCGAGGACAUUACAAAGGUCAGCAAAUUGGCAAAGUAGUCCAGGUGUACAGAAAGAAAUAUGUCAUCUACAUCGAGCGGGUGCAGCGGGAGAAGGCUAAUGGUACGACUGUCCACGUGGGCAUUCACCCGAGCAAGGUAGUUAUCACCAGGCUAAAACUGGACAAAGAUCGGAAAAAAAUUCUUGAGCGCAAAGCCAAAUCUCGACAAGUUGGAAAAGAGAAAGGCAAAUAUAAGGAAGAACUUAUUGAGAAAAUGCAGGAGUGAAUAUACCCGUUCUGCAACAUCAGUUUAUCUGUAGAUUUUUUUUUUUUCCUGGUGUGUGUUCUUUUGAAACUUUUCAAGAUGUCUCUGCAGCAUUUUGUUUCCUUCCUGUUUUUGUUAUUGAUAUGUGGCUCUGUAAAUCUGCUCUUGCUGUUUUAAUAAUUUUAUGAAUAAAAAUUGGAAAU